UUUUUCUCUCCAAAGGCCUGCGGGACCGACGCCAUGGGAGGGAAGAACUCCAAGGGCAAGAAGAACAAGAAGAAUAAGGGCAAGCAGAAAGCGGAUGCACCUAACACCUCCGGGCCUGCCGAAGACCUGUCCGACUCGUCUGACGACGACGUCAUCUACACAAAGACUGGCGGCAAGGUCUGCGCCCAGGACUUUGACAUGCUCAAGGUCAUUGGCAAGGGCUCUUUCGGCAAGGUGAUGCAAGUGCGCAAGAAGGACACCGGGCAGGUGAUGGCGCUCAAGAUCCUCAAAAAGUCGAUGCUCAUCGAGCGCAACCAGGUAGAGCACACCAUGUCUGAGCGGCAGAUCAUGCACAAGAUCUCGCACCCGUUCAUCGUCAACCUGCUGUAUGCGUUCCAGACACCGGAGAAGCUGUAUCUGGUGAUGGAGUAUGUCAACGGUGGCGAGCUGUUCUUCCACCUCAAGAACGAGGGCCGGUUCUCGGAGGAGCGCGUCAAGCUGUACGUGGCGGAGCUCUCGUGUGCGCUCGGCCACCUCCACUCGUUUGACAUUGUGUACCGCGACCUCAAGCCGGAGAACAUCCUGCUCGACCACGAGGGCCACAUCAAGAUCACAGACUUUGGCCUCUCGAAGCAGUUUGAGUCGCCCAACGAGACGACCGAGACUUUUUGCGGCACGCCCGAAUACCUCGCCCCCGAGAUCCUGCAGGGCAAGGGCCACGGCAAGGGCGUCGACUGGUGGUCGCUCGGCACGCUCAUGUACGAGAUGCUCACCGGCCUCCCGCCGUUCUAUUCGCAGAACGUCAACGUCAUGUACCAGAAGAUCCUCGGCGGCACGCUGACGUUCCCAGACAUCAUUUCCGCCGAUGCGCGUGAGGUGCUCGAGGGCAUGCUCAACCGCGAUCCCGACGCUCGGCUCGGCUCUGGGCCGUCUGGCUUUGAAGACGUCAAGAAGCAGGUCUUCUUUGCAGACCUCGACUGGGAUCGCGUCCUCACCCGCGCCUACGAGCCCGAGUUUGUUCCCAAGGUCGUCGGCGACGACGACACCUCGCAAGUCGAUCCGGUCUUUACCGCCGAGCCCGUCGUCGACACACCGGUCCAGUCGUCAGACAUUGCUGCUGCGUCGGAUGCCAACGCCUUUGGCGGCUUCACCUUUGUCGGCGGCGACGACUCGGUGCUCAAGUCGUGACGGCUAACACCAAGCCGAGAGAAAUGAAGCAGUAGUACGUUUACAG